CGUAACGCUAGAAGAAGAAAGACGGUGCCUUUUUUCUUUUUUGCCCUUCUCAAGAGGGGUGUUUCCGGGACGAAUGAAUAGGGGGGGCAUUGGUCGAUGGAUUUGAUGGAUGCGAUAGCGGGAUUCAUUGUAACGCCUUUUUUGUUUUACUCUACAUGCCCCAUCUAUCCCUCCUUUUCCCCAUUUCUCCCUUUUUUUCCCAGGGUAUCGGGCUCGGCUUGUUUUGUUGGGCGCUCGUGGGACUUGUAUGCAUUUCAAGACGUUUUGUUUUUGAUCCGUUACGACUUUCAACAUGACAUGCAUGCCACAUACUGUCAUGUACAUACAUGUAGUUAUGUGCACGGUUGCGCGCAGCUAGGAAAUAUCAUACAGACGAUUCUUUCGUAUCCUCGCCUUUGUUCCUGCAAGUAUAUCGUUGGUGGCUAAGCAGAUCAUGUACCAACCAUGUCAUGUAAUAUACACCGUUCGUCGAAUGGGUUCGUUUAGUAGGAGGAUGGGGAGGGGAGAACACGAGGACGGGCCGGUGCGUGCCUCGGAGUCUAGCUGGCUCAGUGCAAGUCGGGGUUGCUUGCCGCUAGCACUAAUGCAAUGGAUUCAUUUGGGGGACUGCGUCAUUGCCUGCUUGCUGGUAACUGUAUGCGCAGGGUGAGGCUUGCUUUUCUGAUGUAUGACUUGUUAGGGUGAUGCAUGAGUAUCUACAGUAAGGGAUUCGUACAUAUAUAUAUAUAUAUAUAAAUAUGUCUGCAUACUCAAGUACAUAUGUACCUGCCUACAAAUCACCGCUACCUGGGAAUGCCCAACUGCGUCAACAUGGGCGCAGAGGGCCAAGAAGAUCUAUUCUGGACUGGGCGCGACUUCUCCUCCGCACCCUUGUUAACUAGACUCUACCAACUAACUACAUAGCUGAUCCACGUACCGCUGCGUGCUUGUUCCAUUCCAUCUCGUCUUCAACCACACUGCACUACAAUCCACCCUUCACACGUCACGCUUCACCCGUUUAUCGAUCCCCAGCUCUCUAUUCCCACCAUACUCGCUCAUAUUCUUUAGCCACCUCCCUGGCUACCACACAUUUCCCCGCCUGCAACCCCCCAAACUAUCCACCCCGCGCCAAGCAUCCCGCAAGCCCAGCACAGCAGAGCAAGCGCAUCGCAACGUCACUCGCCAGCAACCCCCAACGCACCUCGUGAACCAGGAUCGCUCAGGCCAAAAUCCUCGUGCUGCUGCUGCAUUCACUCGUCUACGUGGACGGCCAUCGAGCCUCUCGCUCCGUCGCAACGUUACCAGGAUGAGCAGCUCCCCCACGUCUAGCCCACACCGGGCUCCCUCUUCAGCGACCCACAAUCCCACAACCACCGCACCGUCGAACCCGCAGCUUCUAUCCACCGUUCAAGACGAUAAAGAAGACCGCCGUCCAUCCAUCCAAUUCGCCGCCCCCAAGAGUCCCUCGUUCCCGCGAGGAAGCCCCAAAACAGAUCGCCCCAAGAGGCGCAUAUCGUCUCCUCCCCCGCCGCCUGUCUUUCAACCCCGCGUGUCCUUUGAUACCUUUGACAAGCCCGCUGAGUUCAUAGAAGAGAAUUCGUUUACGCUCGUCUCGAAGCACAAGGACUAUGAGUACACGAAACGUUCGCGGACGUUUCUGUGCGGUUGUGACGACAACGAUUACUCCGAAUACGCGUUGCAAUGGCUGAUUGACGAAUUGGUCGACGACGGCGAUGAGAUUGUAUGUUUGAGGGUUGUGGAAAAGGAUGACACUAUCGCGGCCGAACGGAGCGUCAUGAAAGGUCGGUACAAGUCAGAAGCAGAAAGUCUUAUGGAGACUAUACAGAAGAAGAACCAUGAAAACAAAGCUAUCAAUUUGGUUCUGGAGUUUGCGCUUGGAAAGGUGAACAAGGUUAUUGACGAGAUGAUCAAUCUUUACGAACCCGCUAUUCUGGUGGUGGGGACUCGAGGUAGGAGUUUGGCCGGCUUCCAGGGCUUGCUCCCCGGGUCUGUUUCCAAGUACUGCCUUCAGCAUUCGCCCGUGCCCGUCAUUGUGGUGCGGCCGUCUUCCAAACGUGACAAGGCCCGAAACAAGCGGGCGUUAGAUCCCAACAGACAUUCUUACAGGGAUCUUUUGGAGAAGAGUGGACCCAUGUUGGAUGCGGAUGGUCAAACCUUUGACGCAGAUGGCUCCAGACAAGCGUCCGAAGAUGAGGCCGCUGCUGUAGCUGCAGCCAUUGGUUACAAGCCCAAAAAGAAGAAGAAGAAGAGUGUAAAGGGGCUCAGCCCGCUGGUACAGACUCAUACAGCCUCGUCAGAUUCGUCGAAUCGAGAUCUCGCGGACGACCUCAAGAGCCCAGGCAUGCUCAUGAAGAGCCCCGAGCUGCAGAAUCUGGACAGUCCAGAACUCACCGAAGAAAGCAGUAGCGACGACGAAGGCGGUGUUUCCAUGAACGACGCAGCGUCGGAACCAGGCGAUGUUCAACAGCAGAGUGGCGUCGCGACCAACGUCAUGGAUACAGCCCUCGGCGCCAUUCUUAACCGAUCGCGCGGGAAGAGCAACUCGCCGGCUAGGAAGCCGAGUAAAUCUCCCGGUCGUCGACGUAGUAGGUCACCUGCAAGACGGAGACACGACAUCACGGACGACAUCAUCGACGGAACCGCUGCUCUCGAUGUCGGAGACAGCAAGCCAGCAGCUGCAGCAUCGUCGGGAGUUGUCGAAUCUGAGUCUGCACCAAAGGCCGCCGGGGGAUCGUCUCCUUCUGCUGUCGAACCUGCUCCCGCUUCCGAGCAGGAAAUCAAAGCUGCGAAGGAGGUUUCCCAAGUUGAGUUGGAACCUGGGGCUGUUGACACCCCACCUCCUGCGAAGGUGGAAACUCAGUCUGCGGACAUUCCGGCCUCUCAAACCACUGAUUCCAUGGCUGGGGAGAAGAAAGAGGAUGAGGAGGAUGUAACGAAACCCCAACCGCCGGCCGUGGCUGGCGAGUCUGAGGCCGCAACGGCAAAGGUCGAGAAAGAUGUAUAG